AUGUUCACAUUGUGUCUGUAUCCCCCCAGCGGCUACCUUCCACGGCAAGCGGGCUUCCCCAACGACAUCGCCAUCGUCACCCUGGCCAGUAACGCCAGCAUCACCCAGGCUGUGAAGACGGCGCCUCUAGCUCCAGUGACGACCCUCAAGUCGGAGAACAUGACCGGAUGUGUUAUCUCUGGCUGGGGUCACAUGAUCGGGGGGAUCGACGGCCCUCCUUCUCUCCACCCACAGACAACCAUCAACGUGAUCAGCGCCGACGACUGCACCGACAAGAUGAGCAACAUCACCAACGCCGAGAUCUUCGACCACCACAUCUGUGUCUUUGAGACGCCCAAGGCGGCCUGCAACGGUGACAGCGGCGGCCCCCUGGUGUGCGAUGGCGUUCUCGUGGGCGUGUCCAGCUAUGGGGUCCGGUCUUGUACCGGCCGCUUCCCCAGCAUCUUUGGCUUCGUACCGCACUUCUACGAUUGGAUCCUUACCCACAUGUUAGAUUAG